AUGUCAGCUCAACUGAAAGCAGCAGAAAAAAAGGGCAAAGCGCUGAGUGAAAAUGAGUUCAAAGUGAUGUAUUUUUGCGACUUUUUAAUUCUUCUUAAAUGCGUCUUCUUCGAAGCUGAAGCUAUAACAACAACAGUUCAUCAGAAAAUAGUUAUUCUCAUGAAACAGUCAAAAAUAUUCCACCUAAAAGGUAAAGAAGCAAUUAAACCCAUACCCAACCUUCGCAUUGCGGCCGAGGGUUUCUUGGAGACGUGCCCAACAUUGAUACUCGGGUUUAUAAUCGCUCGGCAUAAUAAUCAGCAUUCAAUGAGACUACCAAAAUACGCCUUGAGUCUUGUUGGCUAUUCAUAA